GCGGGGCAGAGGCCGGAGCGCGCUGGAUUCCCCGGGCCAACUUCCGGCGAGUGCGAGUGGCGGGUGCGAGCGGGAGCAGCGUGGCGGGGCUUGCAGGUUUCAUUUUGCUUCUGAAUCCCCGCUUCAGAGACAGCAAUGGCAGCCCGAGUUCUUGUGAUUGGUAGUGGAGGAAGGGAACAUGCCCUGGCCUGGAAACUCGCACAGUCUCCUCACGUCAAACAAGUGUUGGUCGCCCCCGGAAAUGCAGGCACCGCCUGUGCUGAGAAGAUCUCUAAUGCUGCUGUCUCCGUCAGUGAUCACACCGCCCUUGCCCAGUUCUGCAAAGAUGAAAAGAUUGAACUCGUAGUUGUCGGACCAGAGGCACCUCUGGCUGCAGGAAUUGUUGGGGACCUGACCUCAGCAGGAGUGCGAUGCUUCGGCCCCACGGCACAAGCAGCUCAAUUAGAGUCCAGUAAAAAGUUUGCCAAGGAGUUUAUGGACCGGCAUGGAAUCCCAACUGCACAGUGGAGAGCAUUCACCAACCCUGAAGAUGCCUGCAGCUUUAUUAUGAGUGCGAACUUUCCUGCUUUGGUCGUGAAGGCCAGUGGCCUCGCAGCAGGGAAGGGGGUGAUUGUGGCAAAGAGCAAAGCAGAGGCCUGCAAAGCUGUCCAGGAGAUCAUGCAGGAAAAGUCUUUUGGAGCAGCUGGUGAAACAGUUGUUGUGGAAGAGUUUCUGGAAGGGGAAGAAGUGUCUUGCCUGUGCUUCAGUGAUGGGAAGACAGUGGCCCCGAUGCCCCCAGCACAAGACCAUAAGCGACUGCUGGAUGGAGAUCAGGGCCCCAACACCGGGGGAAUGGGAGCCUACUGCCCAGCACCUCAGGUUUCUAAGGAUUUGUUAGUAAAAAUUAAGAACACUAUUCUUCAGAGAGCAGUGGACGGCAUGCAGCAGGAGGGUACGCCGUACACAGGAAUUCUUUAUGCUGGUAUAAUGCUGACCAAAGAUGGCCCAAGAGUUUUGGAGUUUAAUUGCCGUUUUGGUGAUCCAGAAUGCCAAGUCAUCCUCCCGCUUCUCAAAAGUGACCUCUAUGAAGUGAUUCAGUCCACCCUAGACGGCCUGCUGAGCACAGCUCUACCUGUUUGGCUAGAAAACCACAGCGCGGUAACUGUUGUCAUGGCGAGUGAAGGGUACCCUGGAGCCUACACCAAGGGAGUGGAGAUCACAGGGUUUCCUGAGGCCCAGGCUUUAGGACUGCAGGUAUUCCAUGCAGGCACUGCUCUUAAAGAUGGCAAGGUGGUGACCAGCGGGGGCAGAGUCCUCACAGUGACAGCCAUCCAGCAAAAUCUCAUGUCAGCCCUUGACGAGGCCAGGAAAGGACUCCCUGCUCUGAAGUUUGAGGGAGCAUUUUAUAGGAAGGACAUUGGCUUCCGUGCUCUGGCCUUCCUCCAGCGGCCCAGGGGCCUGACUUACAAGGACUCUGGAGUAGACAUCGCAGCUGGAAAUAAGCUGGUUAAAAAAAUUCAGCCUUUAGCAAAAGCCACCUCCAGACCUGGCUGCAGUGUUGACCUUGGGGGCUUUGCUGGUCUUUUUGAUUUGAAAGCAGCUGGUUUCAAAGAUCCUCUCCUGGCCUCCGGAACAGAUGGUGUUGGAACUAAACUGAAGAUUGCCCAGCUCUGCAAUAAGCACAGUUCCAUCGGUCAGGACUUGGUGGCGAUGUGUGUGAAUGACAUCCUCGCACAAGGAGCAGAGCCCCUCUUCUUCCUCGAUUACUUUUCCUGCGGGAAGCUUGACCUCAGUACAACUGAAGCUGUUGUCGCUGGAAUUGCUGCAGCCUGUCGACAGGCUGGCUGUGCUCUCCUGGGUGGGGAGACAGCAGAGAUGCCCGACAUGUACCCUCCUGGAGAGUACGAUCUUGCCGGGUUUGCUGUUGGCGCUAUGGAGAGACACCAGAAGCUCCCUCAGCUAGAAAGGAUCGCCGAAGGGGAUGCUGUGGUUGGAAUAGCUUCGUCUGGUCUUCACAGCAAUGGUUUUAGCCUCGUGAGGAAAAUUGUGGAGAGGUCUUCACUCCAGUACUCCUCCCCAGCACCUGGUGGUUGUGGAGAUCAGACCUUAGGGGACUUACUUCUCACUCCGACCAGGAUCUACAGCCAUUCACUGCUGCCUGUCAUACGCUCAGGACGUGUCAAAGCUUUUGCUCAUAUUACUGGAGGUGGAUUGCUGGAAAACAUCCCCAGAGUCCUCCCUCAGAAGCUGGGAGUAGACUUAGAUGCCUGCACCUGGAGGAUCCCCAAGGUCUUCUCAUGGCUACAGCAGGAAGGACAGCUCUCUGAAGAAGAAAUGGCCAGGACAUUCAACUGUGGGGUCGGAGCUGCCCUGGUGGUGUCAAAGGACCAGACAGAGCAGAUCCUACAUGACAUUCGGCAGCAGCAGGAGGAAGCCUGGGUGAUAGGCAGUGUGGUUGCCUGUCCUGAAGAUUCCCCUCGUGUCAGAGUUAAGAAUCUGAUUGAAACCAUACAAACAAAUGGGACGGUAGUGGCAAAUGGCUUCCUGAGAAAUAAUUUCCCUGUCCAACAAAAGAAGGCAAGAGUGGCUGUCUUAAUAUCUGGAACAGGGUCGAACCUCCAGGCGCUCAUAGACAGCACCCGGGAUCCCAAGAGCUCCUCACAAAUUGUUCUUGUCAUCUCCAACAAAGCUGCCGUGGCCGGCUUAGACCGAGCAGAGCGAGCUGGUAUUCCCACCAGGGUAAUUAAUCAUAAAUUAUACAAAAGUCGAGUUGAGUUUGACAGCGCAGUUGACCAAGUCCUGGAAGAGUUCUCUGUCAACCUCGUCUGUCUUGCAGGGUUUAUGAGGAUCCUCUCCGGCCCCUUUGUCAGAAAAUGGGAUGGGAAAAUGCUCAACAUCCACCCAUCCUUGCUCCCUUCUUUUAAGGGUUCAAAUGCUCACGAGCAAGUCCUGGAAGCCGGGGUCACAAUCACUGGGUGUACUGUACACUUUGUAGCUGAGGAUGUAGAUGCCGGACAAAUCAUCCUGCAGGAGGCUGUCCCUGUGCAGAGGGGUGACACUGUUGCAACGCUAUCUGAACGAGUCAAACUGGCAGAACAUGAGAUCUUUCCUGCCGCCCUCCAGCUGGUAGCCAGCGGGGCUGUGCAGCUGGGGGAAGACGGCAAGAUCCACUGGGCCAGAGAGCCGUGACCGUCCUGCUGCGGGCAUCACAGCCCAAACUGAAAUAAAUACCUGCUAGCAGAAGGACUUUAAUCCUUACCUACUGACAUUUGUUAAUAAAUAGGUUCAUUAAAAACAAAA